AUGGGCACUGUUCAAGAAGCUAUUCACCAUGGCAUAAUUGCCGCCGAUUUUCUUUGGACCACUAAACGAGUUGUCCAGGCUAUCGAGCUGUGGAACCAGUGCUUAACACUAAUAAACAACAAAAUCUUAGAAAACGAACAUGAACUUGCCACAAUAGUGCGUAUAGCGCUGAACAAGAGGCUGUUUUAUGGAAAUGCUGCUAUUACAAAACUUUCACCAGCUAUAGAAUCUGGCAAAAAGCUUUUAGUCCUUCUUCGUAAUCUUAGGAGAAAAGAAAAAGAAGGUAACACCGCCUUGAUGUUAUCAAAACUGUACUUUCAAAAAAGUGAAUACCAGGAAGCAGAAGCAGUCCUCAAAAUUGCACUCUGCAUUUACAAAGAAAUCGAAGACAAACACGGACAAACGUCAUGCUACGGAAACCUAGGAAAUGUGUUUCAGUCUGUCGGAGAAUAUGCCAAGGCUGAAGAAUAUCUUCAUAAAGCACUUACUAUCAAGACAGAAAUUAGCGACAGAAACGGAGAGGCGGAAUGCUACGGAAACCUAGCAGCUGGGUUUCUAUCUGUCGGAGAAUAUGCCAAGGCUGAAGAAUAUCUUCAUAAAGCACUUACCAUCAACACAGAAAUUGGCGACAGAAACAGAGAAGCGACAUGCUACGGAACCCUAGGAAAUGUGUUUCAAUCUGCCGGAGAAUAUGCCAAGGCUGAAGAAUAUCUUCAUAAAGCACUUACCAUCGACACAGAAAUUGGCGACAGAAACGAAGAAGCGACAUCCUACGUAAACCUAGGAAAUGUGUUUCAAUCUGUCGGAGAAUACGCCAAGGCUGAAGAAUAUCUUCAUAAAGCACUUACCAUCAACACAGAAAUUGGCGACACAAACGGAGAAGCGACAUGCUACGGAAACCUAGGAAAUGUGUUUCGAUCUGUCGGAGAAUAUGCCAAGGCAGAAGAAUAUCUUCAUAAAGCACUUACCAUCAAGACAGAAAUUGGCCACAGAAACGAAGAAGCGACAUCCUACGUAAACCUAGGAAAUGUGUUUCAAUCUGUCGGAGAAUAUGCCAAGGCUGAAGAAUAUCUUCAUAAAGCACUUACCAUCAACACAGAAAUUGGCGACAGAAACGGAGAAGCGUCAUGCUACGGACGCCUAGGAAAUGUGUUUGAAUCUGUCGGAGAAUAUGGCAAGGCUGAAGAAUAUCUUCAUAAAGCACUUACCAUCAACACAGAAAUUGGCGACAGAAACGGAGAAGCGUCAUGCUACGUAAACCUAGAAAAUGUGUUUGAAUCUGUCGCAGAAUAUGCCAAGGCUGAAGAAUAUCUUCAUAAAGCACUUACCAUCAACACAGAAAUUGGCGACAGAAACGGAGAGGCGACAUGCUACGGAAACCUAGGAAAUGUGUUUCAUUCUGUCGGAGAAUAUGGCAAGGCUGAAGAAUAUCUUCAUAAAGCACUUACCAUCAAGAGAGAAAUUGGCGACAGAAAAAGAGAAGCGUCAUGCUACGUAAACCUAGGAAAUGUGUUUCAAUCUGUCGGAGAAUAUGCCAAGGCUGAAGAAUAUCCUCAUAAAGCACUUACCAUCAACACAGAAAUUGGCAACAGAAACGAAGAAGCGUCAUGCUACGGAAACCUAGGAAAUGUGUUUCAAUCUGUCGGAGAAUAUGCCAAGGCUGAAGAAUAUCUUCAUAAAGCACUUACCAUCAACACAGAAAUUGGCGACAGAAACGGAGAAGCGUCAUGCUACGGACGCCUAGGAAAUGUGUUUGAAUCUGUCGGAGAAUAUGGCAAGGCUGAAGAAUAUCUUCAUAAAGCACUUACCAUCAACACAGAAAUUGGCCACAUAAACGGAGAAGCGUCAUGCUACGUAAACCUAGGAAAUGUGUUUCAAUUUGUCGGAGAAUAUGCCAAGGCUGAAGAAUAUCUUCAUAAAGCACUUACCAUCAACACAGAAAUUGGCGACAGAAACGGAGAAGCGACAUGCUACGGAAACCUAGGAAAUGUGUUUCGAUCUGUCGGAGAAUAUGCCAAGGCUGAAGAAUAUCUUCAUAAAGCACUUACCAUCAACACAAAAAUUGGCGACAGAGUGGGAGAAGCGUCAUGCUACGGACGCCUAGGAAAUGUGUUUGAAUCUGUCGGAGAAUAUGCCAAGGCUGAAGAAUAUCUUCAUAAAGCACUUACCAUCAACACAGAAAUUGGCGACAGAAACGGAGAAGCGUCAUGCUACGUAAACCUAGGAAAUGUGUUUCAAUCUGUCGGAGAAUAUGCCAAGGCUGAAGAAUAUCUUCAUAAAGCACUUACCAUCAACACAGAAAUUGGCGACAGAAACGGAGAAGCGACAUGCUACGUAAACCUAGGAAAUGUGUUUCAAUCUGUCGGAGAAUAUGCCAAGGCUGAAGAAUAUCUUCAUAAAGCACUUACCAUCAACACAGAAAUUGGCGACAGAAACGGAGAAGCGACAUGCUACGUAAACCUAGGAAAUGUUUGUUUGAAGAAUAUCUUCUGCACUUACCAUCAACACGGAGAAUAUGUAAACCAAGUGCUGAAGAAUAUCUUCAUAAAGCACUUACCAUCAACACAGAAAUUGGCGACAGAAAGCACUUACCAUCAACACAGAAAUUGGCGACAGAAACGGAGAAGCGACAUGCUACGGAAACCUAGGAAAUGUGUUUAAUCUGUCGGAGAAUAUGCCAAGGCUGAAGAAUAUCUUCAUAAAGCACUUACCAUCAACACAGAAAUUGGCGACAGAAACGGAGAAGCGUCAUGCUACGUAAACCUAGGAAAUGUGUUUGGUUCUGUCGGAGAAUAUGCCAAGGCUGAAGAAUAUCUUCAUAAAGCACUUACCAUCAAGACAGAAAUUGGCGACAGAAACGGAGAAGCGACAUGCUACGGAAACCUAGGAAAUGUGUUUCAAUCUGUCGGAGAAUAUGGCAAGGCUGAAGAAUAUCUUCAUAAAGCACUUACCAUCAACACAGAAAUUGGCGACAGAAACGGAGAAGCGUCAUGCUACGGACACCUAGGAGCUCUGUUUGUACAUGUAGGAGAAUAUGGAAAUGCUGAAGAAAAUCUUCAUAAAGCACUUACCACCAACACAGAAAUUGGCGACAAAGACGGAGAAGCGUCUCGCUACCUAAAGCUAGGAAACACAUCUCAAGCCUUAUCGGAUCUCUGGUCAAGCAUUCAAAUUUACGAAAAAAUGCUUACUUCUCUAGGAAGCAAAGAUAGCCACAAUAAAUCAUUUUUUGACGAGAACGCGUCUCCCUAUCGGCUGUUUUGUUCAUUGAGUUGUUCUUGUGGGAAACCCUAUGAAGCUUUACACGCUGCUGAACUUGGACGGGCCAGAGCUCUAGCAGAACUUAUGUCAAAUCGCUGCUCCAUUGAAAAAGAAAUAUCCAUCAACCCACAAUCGUUUGUUGGCAUCGCGGAAGUAAUUAAGAAAAAUGGCAACAGCACCUGCCUCUAUAUCUCCUAUGACUACGAUGACAAUAUAUUUUUGUGGGUUUUGAAACAAAACAAACCGGUAGCUUUCCGAAGAACGAAACUUUGUGAAAGCUAUGUUAGCAAGCAUGGCAAAAUCUCUGUGUAUGACCUGUUUGGAAACGAAAGCUUAUUAAGAAAAUUUCACGUUUUACCUCAAGAGCAAUGCGAAGACCGAUCACUCUUCUCUUCAUUCGCCAACCAACUUACAAACGAAUCAAAUCUGGAAGAUAGUCUCUCAACCUUGCGUCCUCUUUUAGAUGAGGGAGAAGUAUACACGGACCCUGAACCGCCAACACUUUUUCAGGUUUACAACAUGUUGAUUGCUCCCGUGAGUGACUUGCUAGAAGGAUCUGAAAUCAUUGUUGUUCCUGAUCGCUGCUUCUUCCAAGUUCCGUUUGCAGCAUUACACGAUGAAAGUAGCCGCUAUUUAUCAGAUUCUUUCAGGAUACGAAUUGUCCCUUCUUUGACGACUCUCAAGCUCAUUCUGGACAGUCCAGCCGACUCUCACAGCGAAACUGGUGCAUUGAUUGUGGGUGAGCCAAGAGUGACGGAUGUGUAUUUCAAAGGAGUGUUAAGGUAUCUCUGUCCAUUGCCUGGCGCGAAAGGGGAAGCAGAGAUGAUUGCGAGACUACUACCUGAAUCUCACCUUUUAAUAGGAGAGCAAGCAACAAAGCAGGCGGUUCUUCAGAGAAUACCCUCAGUGAGCCUCGUACAUUUCGCUGCUCAUGGUGAUGCCGAAAGAGGAGAAAUUGCUCUUACCCCCGCUGACUCCACAGUGGAGUUUCCACACGAAGCAGACUACUUACUGUCAAUGACCGACAUUUCACAAGUUAGACUGUCAGCCAAACUGGUGGUCCUUAGUUGUUGCCAUACCGCACGUGGACAGAUCAAAACAGAGGGCGUUGUUGGAAUCGCUCGAGCAUUCUUAGGAUCGGGUGCACGCUCAGUGUUGGUGGCAUUGUGGGCCUUACAAGACAGAGCAACAGAGGAGUUCAUGGGAAGAUUCUACGAAAACCUUGUCCAAGGGAAAAGUGCAAGCGAAAGUCUUCACCGGGCCAUGAAGUGGAUGCGAAAUAACGGUUUCUCAGAAGUGAGGCAGUGGGCACCUUUCAUGCUGAUUGGGGAUGACGUGUCAUUUCACUUUGGUGAAGAAAAGUGA